GGGAUCCCGUAGAGUUGCGUUAAUCUCGUUCCGAUGAAGUUUGUCCUAGUGCAAGCGCCGUAGUUCACGUUCUGUGUUUUCAUUUGUCUCAGCUGGUCACCCGAUACCAAGAGACAUUAAAGAAGUAAAUAAACGGUGGAAAUUAUUUUCGGGUUAAAAUAGCCAAUAAUGUCUUCAAGCGGUGGUAUCCAGAUUCCUGUUCGCUUACCUCUGUUGCUGACCCACGAAGGAGUGCUGUUACCUGGUGCCACAAUGCGAAUCAGCGUAGACACAGCCAGAAACAUGCAGCUGGUAAAAAGCAGACUUCUGAAGGGGACUUCGCUCAAAAGUACAAUCAUUGGUGUCAUUCCAAACACGAAAGACCCCGACCACGACUCGGAGGAGCUCCCCACUCUGCACAGCAUUGGCACCGCGGGGCUGGCGGUGCAGGUGGUAGGCAGCAACUGGCCCAAGCCCCAUUACACGCUGCUGAUCACCGGCCUGUGCCGCUUCCGCGUUGCCCAGCUCCUCAAGGAGCAUCCCUUCCCUCUGGCCGAGGUGGUGCAACUGGACCAGCUGGAGCAGCUCCCCAAUGCCCCGGAUGGAGAGCUGGGAGAGCUCGGGGAGAGGUUCUACCAGGCAGCAGUACAGUUGGUUGGAAUGUUGGACAUGUCCGUGCCAGUGGUUGCCAAGUUGAGAAGAAUGUUGGACAGUCUCCCCAGAGAGACGUUGCCUGAUGUAUUAGCCUCCAUGAUCCGCACCACUAACAAGGAGAAGCUUCAGGUGCUGGAUGCAGUAAGCCUGGAGGAGCGCUUUAAGAAGACUCUUCCUCUGCUCUCCAGGCAAAUAGAGGGCCUAAAACUUCUGCAGAAGACCAGGAAGCCAAGAUCAGAUGAUGACAAGAAGGUGCUGGCAGUAAGGAAGGGGGGAGUGUUUCCUGGUCGCCAGUUUUUCCUGGACGAGGAGGCAGAGGAUGAUGAUGGAGAUGACACCACUGUGCUGGAGAGAAAGGUCAAAGGGGCCAACAUGCCAGAGCCUGCGCUACGUGUGUGUCUUAAAGAGCUCAAACGGCUAAAGAAGAUGCCUCAGUCCAUGCCAGAGUAUGCUCUCACGCGGAACUACCUGGAGCUGAUGGUGGAGCUGCCCUGGAGCAAGAGCACCACAGACUGCCUGGACAUCCGGGCGGCACGGGUGCUGCUGGACAACGACCACUACGCCAUGGAGAAGCUGAAGCGGCGCGUGCUGGAGUACCUGGCGGUGCGGCAGCUCAAGAGUACCCUCAAGGGGCCCAUCCUGUGCUUUGUGGGGCCACCCGGCGUGGGCAAGACCAGCGUGGGCCGCUCCAUCGCCCGCACCCUGGGCCGCGAGUUCCACCGUAUCGCUCUUGGUGGCGUCUGCGACCAGUCCGACAUCCGCGGCCACAGGCGUACUUAUGUGGGCAGCAUGCCAGGACGGAUCAUUAAUGGCCUAAAGACUGUAGGCGUCAACAACCCGGUCUUCUUGCUGGACGAGGUGGACAAGCUGGGCAAGAGCCUGCAGGGAGACCCUGCCGCCGCCCUGCUGGAGGUCCUAGAUCCCGAGCAGAACCACAGCUUCACCGACCACUACCUUAAUGUGGCCUUCGAUCUCUCCCAAGUUCUCUUCAUCGCCACGGCCAACACCACAGCCAGCAUCCCCCCUGCCCUACUGGACAGGAUGGAGGUCCUGCAGGUGCCAGGUUACACCCAGGAGGAGAAGGUGGAGAUUGCUCACCGCCAUCUGAUCCCACAUCAGCUGGAGCAACACGGCCUCACACCCCAACAGCUCCAGAUCCCACCUCACACCACACAAGACAUCAUCAGCAGGUACACGAGAGAGGCAGGCGUUCGGUCAUUGGAGAGGAAGAUUGGGGCCAUCUGUAGAGCAGUGGCCGUCAAGGUCGCCGAAGGUCACAAGAUGUCCAAGCAGGAGAGCUCCAGCCACCAACAGGGCCAGCUUGCAGCAGAGGAGAAGGAGACAGGAGGGGAUGAGGCUCAAAGGGAGUCUGCCGACCUUACUGCCCCUCCUGAGAUGCCCAUCCUGAUUGAUCCCACUGCCCUCAAAGACAUCCUGGGGGCCCCCCUCUUCGAGAUGGAGGUGUCUGAGAGACUGACACUGCCAGGUGUGGCUAUCGGACUGGCCUGGACACCUUUGGGUGGGGAGAUCAUGUUUGUGGAGGCCAGUCGCAUGGAGGGCGAUGGGCAGCUGACUCUGACCGGACAGCUAGGCGACGUGAUGAAGGAGUCUGCCCACCUGGCCAUCAGCUGGCUACGCAGUAAUGCGAAACUAUACCAGCUCACCAACACUGCAGGUCAUCUGGACCCCAUGGAAGGAACAGACAUCCACCUGCAUUUCCCUGCUGGUGCCGUCACGAAAGAUGGUCCUUCUGCUGGUGUAACCAUAGUGACGUGUUUGGCUUCGCUCUUUAGUGGGCGAUUGGUGCGCUCAGAUGUGGCGAUGACGGGAGAGAUCACACUUAGAGGCCUGGUGCUGCCGGUGGGCGGGAUCAAAGACAAAGUGCUUGCAGCCCAUAGGGCAGGCCUGAAACGACUCAUCAUUCCCAAGCGCAAUGAGAAGGACUUGGAAGAGAUCCCCGCCCACAUCAGGGAGGAGCUGGACUUCGUGGCAGCCAGCAGCGUGGACCAAGUCCUGAACGCCGCCUUCAGCGGGGGUUUCCCGGCAACCACAAACCCUCUGACACACCCUCACCUCGCCAGCAAGCUCUGAGAGACCACUUGGCUUACAUUACUUUCCAAACACACUCAUACUGGGGUUUUAAAUCCCAACUAUGACAAACUUAUGAAGGACUUAAGCGCACACUCAUCAGAACCUGCAGGAGAGCAAAUAAAACAGAAGUGCUAAUUCACUCAUUUACACACAGAACUAUACCUCAGUAACAUGAAUUUACCUGCCACUCAGAUGCAGUUGUAGCACUUAUUUGAUGGUCCUAUUCAUUUUGUUGUGAGUAGAAUUUACACUGAGCUUUUUGUUGGCUUCUUAAGUCCUCAGCAGGAGGACUGAAACUUAUUUCACUGUGCUACUUUAAAACUAGAUUUGUGUAAUUCAUCAUCAUGAUGAUGAUAAACUGAAAUGGAAACUAAUUCAAGACUCAUGCUACUAUACUUAAUCUGGGGGGGGGGGGUAUUCCAAGUACUUGGUUUAGUGACAAAGCUGGGUAAGCGAACUCCUAAGUGGUAAACCUCCUAAUAGGCUUUCGUUCUACUGGGAGAAUGAAGCCAUAGGGCUCUUUUAUUAGAGGGUUCUCUCACGUUAGGGUUUACUCCAAACGCUUACACAUUAGGGUUGACUUACCCAAGUUUGUCACGAAACCACAUACUUGGAACCACAUACCCCGGCGCUCCAAAAACUCCAUGUAAUGUGUCGGUGGACACAAGUCUGAAUUUGUCAUCCUCAGUCUUAGACUUUAGCCUUAAACUAAUAGAUUCACUGGAUGUUGGAGUACCACUGGGAGUUUGCACCCGUUCAGCGAGAUGCAGUCGAUGUUGACGCUAGACAGGCUGCGAGGGUGAAGUAAUAUUCUAACUGAACAUCGUUCCUGGUGCCUUUGCCAAACUAUUGUUCAGUAAUGGAGGGAGAAGUCUGCUGUCUGCUUCAAGUCUGAACUUCAAUGCGAAGUGAUGACAUGUGACUUGGUGCUCUGAAACAAUGCUACUAAUAAGACCAAAUAAAUAUUAAACUAGA